CACCUAGCGACCAGGGCCGUGCGUUGCAACUUCCAGCUGACGCGUGGAGCCAAGCAAAUCGUCACUGGCCGCGGGUCUGGCUAGCGGAGAGAAGUGGCAUGCAAUCCCGCUUCGUACCUUGACAACGACAAACAAUUGAUUCCAACUCUCCCGAACCGCCGCAACAACGUUACCGAUCAUCAUCAUCCGCAUCGAAGACCGACCGUUGGCGACUCAUCGAUAACCCACGCAGACGAUCGCCAAGAUUACAGCGCCCCUCAUUUCGGCGUUUACAGACCAGAGCUAUUCGGAGCACUCGUAAUCGGCAUCAACACACCAGCGAUUCGGCAGAGCCAAGGUCGCCCGUCAUGUCGUGGGCAGGCUUCAAGAAGAAUGUCAACCGGGCAACAACCCAGGUGAUGAUGAAGACUGGCCAUGUCGAGAAAACAAACGAUCGCGACUACGAAGUCGAGGAGCGACGCUUCCGUACAAUGGAGGCCGCCAGCAACCGCCUUCAAAAAGAAGCCAAGGGCUACCUCGAUUCUCUUCGCGCCAUGACGGCCUCUCAGAUGCGCAUCGCCGAGACGAUAGACGCUUUCUACGGCGACUCUGGCGCCAAGGACGGCGUGAGCAGGAGUUACAAGCAGGCCGUGGAAGACCUCGACGCCGAGACCAUCAAGGCUCUCGACGGUCCCUACCGCACCACCGUGCUCGAGCCCAUCACGCGCUUCUGCAACUAUUUCCCCGACGUCAACGAAUGUAUCAAGAAGAGGGGACACAAGCUUCUUGACUACGAUGCCUUGCGCGCGAGGGUCAAGAAGCUGGCAGAGAAGCCCGACAAGGAUGUCACCAAGUUGCCGCGGACGGAGAAGGAGAUGGACAUGUCGAGGGCAGCCUACGAGCAACUCAACGAGCAGUUGUGCACUGAACUGCCGCAACUCAUAGACCUGCGCGUACCCUACCUUGACCCCUCAUUCGAGGCGCUCGUCAAGAUCCAGCUACGGUUCUGCGCGGAAGCUUAUAGCCGCAUGGCCCAAGUACAACAGUACCUCGAUGCGGACACUAGGGAUCAAUAUGCACAGGGGCAUUUGGACUCGAGGGUGGAGCAGGUGUUACAGGAGAUUAGGGAAUUGAGCAUCAGCGGAACUGUGUAACGAGUGCUUUACUGGUGUCUAGGCAUGUAUUCUUGGUACAGGACGGAGAAACACGCCUGUCUGAACGAUAACGAUGGCAAUCUUUACGGUCUUGCAAGGUAUUCUGAACUACUUGGUCCCGUCUCAGGGUGAGUUUAUGCUCCAUCGGGUAAGACGCA